AUGGCUUUGAUUGUGGAUCAACAAUCAAACUUCAAGCAUUUUUGUAAAAUUUGCAAGAAAGGUUUUGGUUGUGGAAGAGCUUUAGGAGGACACAUGAGGGCACAUGGCAUAGGAGAUGAAAGUGGUCACAUGGAUGACGAUGAUCAAGCAAGUGAUUGGGAAGAUAGGCUUGGUGGAAAUGUGCCACCGAGCAACAAACGCAUGUAUGCUCUAAGAACAAAUCCUAAUAGGCUAAAGAGCUGUAGGGUAUGUGAGAAUUGUGGCAAAGAGUUCUUAUCAUGGAAAUCUUUUCUUGAACAUGGAAAGUGCACCUCAGAAGAUGCUGAGUCCCUUGUCUCCUCUCCAGGCUCUGAUGCUGAUGAUGGUGGCGUUGGUGCUCGUAGAGGAUGUGGUUGGUCCAAAAGGAAAAGGUCUUUGAGAACAAAGGUUGGUAGCUUCAAUUACAAUUGCCCAUCAAGCGAAGAAGAAGACCUUGCAAAUUGUUUAAUGAUGUUAUCGAAUGCCAUUGUAGAUCCUCUUGUGGCUGAACCUGAAGAAUCUUCUGCCUCAGCUAGCAAAGAGGAAGAAAGAAGAAAUCCCAUGAAUUUCAUUUCACCAUUGUCAUGCAAAGUUAAUAACAACAAUAACAACAACAACCUCAUUGAUAACAAGGCCAAAGGGGUUGCCAAGGGCUUGUUUGAAUGCAAAGCAUGCAAGAAAGUUUUCAAUUCCCACCAAGCAUUGGGUGGCCAUAGAGCAAGUCACAAAAAGGUUAAAGGUUGUUUUGCUGCAAGACUAGACAACCUUGAUGACAAUCUCACCGAGGAUGAUGUCAUUGCACAUGAAGAAUUCUUCCCUACAAAAUCAAACUCCGCCCUCCAAUUUGACCACGGCUCUAACCCCACAUUAGCCUCUUCCUCUAAGAGAAAAUCCAAAGUUCAUGAAUGCUCCAUUUGUCAUAGGAGCUUCUCUUCAGGACAAGCAUUGGGGGGUCACAAAAGGUGCCAUUGGAUCACUUCAAAUGCUCCUGACACAUCCACAUUAACAAGAUUUCAACAAUUCCAAGAUCACAUGGAUCAAAUACCAAAGUUUGAUACCUCUUCUGAGCCACUUGAUCUCAAGUUAGACCUUAACCUUCCUGCACCCACUAAUGACCUUUCAAGAAGGAACGUGUCUACGGAAAUUUACUUGCAACCAUGGCUUGCAACAAAGGAUCUUAAAGAUGAUAACAAUAGUCAGUGUCAGAGUCUUCACAACCAUAAUAACAAUGUUGAUAAUGACAACGAUGAAGACAAGAAUAAUAAUAAUAACUCAAUGCAAAACGUGGAUAAUGAAGCUGAUAGUAAGAUCAAGUUGGCGAAACUUAGUGAGCUUAAGGACAUGAACAUUGCUGGUAGUUCUUCGCCAUGGUUGCAGGUUGGAAUUGGUUCAACCACUGAUGUGGCCACUGAUCACUGCUGA